CGAGUGGUUGUUGUCUCGGGUUAAUGUUUUGGGCGGCCGUUAACCUCAAAGAAGGUUAUUUUAAAUUGAUUUCUUGAAAAUUAUUAAGAAAUAUUAGAACCCGAACAUGUCGAAAGAAGGUAGUGAAUCUUCAGAUGAGCACAACGAGGAUACCGGAAUGGAAGAGGACACCUCCCCUCAACAACAACCAAAUGAAGAGGCUCCAGUGAACGAUGUAGUCAUAAUUGAUCCAGAUACCUACGAGCUCGAUCUAACACAUGGUCGUAUACUCAAAUUGCAGAACUUUGAGCCGCUUACGCGUAUAGAACGAUUGUAUUUACGGUGGAACUUCAUAAAAAAAAUCGAGAACCUAAGCAUGCUGGUUACACUACAGGAACUCGAGCUUUACGAUAAUCAAAUUAGAAAAAUUGAAAAUCUCGACGCUCUGGUCAAUUUGCAGAUUUUAGAUUUGUCCUUCAAUAAAAUUAAGGUGAUCGAAGGGUUGGAGAACUUGGUCAACUUACAGAAGCUGUUCUUAUCGUCUAACAAAAUUGUAAAAAUUGAAAAUAUAAGUCAUUUGAAGAGUUUAACGCUGCUGGAACUUGGCGAUAAUAAAAUAAAGGAUAUCGAAAAUCUAGGCGGACUAUCAAAUUUGAAAUAUCUAUACAUGGGGAAAAAUAAAUUAUCGAAAAUAGCGAAUUUGGAUUCCCUCCCGAACUUAACAUCUCUCAGCCUGCAGUCGAAUCGCAUAACCAAAAUUGAGAAUUUGGAAGCGUUGCCGCAGCUGGACGAGAUAUAUUUGUCCGAGAAUAAUAUAACGGAAAUCGAAAACCUGGAGCAAAACACGGCGCUUGAGACGCUAGACCUUGCCCAGAAUAAAAUUUCAGUAAUCGGCAACGUUAGCCAUCUGACAGAACUAACCGAGUUUUGGCUUAACGAUAAUCGAAUUGCAGAUUGGAAGUACGUUGAAGCUCUGAAGGAGAAUAAAAGCUUAAAGACUGUGUAUUUGGAGCACAAUCCUGUUGCUGACGAUCCUGCCUAUCGUCGUAAAUUGAAAAUGUUUAUUCCUUCCUUAACACAGAUUGAUGCAACACUGUGUGUGUAAACAGUAUUUUAUGGAUACCUGUAUGGAAAUAAUUGUACCUAGUUAAUUAUAAAACUGUAGGAUAAAUGUAAUUUUGUGUUUUGUAUUUAAAAGAAAAACAGUUUUAGCAUAAGAAAUUUUAUUUUGUUUUAUUUGCUCUAGACCUGGAAAAUACACAUGACUUUUAACUAA